AUGUCAACGAAAGUAGAAGAGGUUAUAAAAUGAAUUUUAGACUUUAGUCAAUAUAAAUAAUUUUAUUGUAAAUCCGGAAUAACAAUGACCGUAAAACCUCGAGAGAAACCCGCUGAAGGCGAAGAGGAUCCUGUAGAAAAUAUGCUGAAGAAAACUGGUUGCAUAGAACUGCAUUAUAAAGUCCAGGAGUGUAUCGCUAUGACACAGGACUGGAGAAAGUGCCAAUCGGCUGUGAAUGAUUUCAGAGAAUGUAUGGACAAGCAUCAGAAGAAAAAGGGAAAUAGUUAAUGUUCUGAAUAAACUAAGUUUUGUUAUUUAUUCCUGCUCUUAAAUACUUAACUGCGUUAUUUAGAUAGAUCUUUAAAGAUUUGUAUUUAGUUUAAAUAAAUUGUUUUGUUGUA